CGCGAUGACGUUUUAAGCAAAAACAAACAAACAGGAAGAAGACAAAGUCAGGAUUUGAUCCAGAUUACUAGUAGACAGCUAACGUUAGCUACAACAAAUUCAAGAUGCUGAAAUCUGUGAUUCUCAUUGGAGGCCCACAGAAAGGUACACGGUUUCGACCAUUGUCCUUUGAGGUCCCGAAACCCUUGUUUCCAGUGGCUGGUGUGCCCAUGCUUCAGCAUCACGUUGAAGAAUGUGCCAAGGUGCCAAAUAUGAAGGAGAUUUUGCUAAUAGGCUUUUACCAGCCAAAUGAAGAACUUACCAGAUUCAUGUCUAGCGCACAGCAGGAAUUCAAAAUCUCAAUCAGGUAUUUGCAGGAGUAUGCUGCUUUGGGCACUGGAGGCGGAAUCUACCAUUUCAGAGAUCAGAUUCUAUCUGGUGGCCCUGAGGCGUUCUUCAUUAUGAAUGCUGACGUGUGCUCUGAGUUUCCUCUACCAGAGAUGCUCAACUUCCAGAAGGAACACGGAGAGUCUAGCAGUUUCGUCAUCCUGGGGACAACUGCAAACAGAAAGCAGUCCAUGAACUAUGGCUGUAUCGUGGAAAACCAGCAAACGAAUGAGGUUUUACAUUAUGUGGAGAAGCCGAGCACUUUUGUGAGUGACAUCAUCAACUGUGGAAUCUACCUGUUUACCCCGGAGAUCUUCCAACACAUUGGGGCAGUCUUCCAGAAGAACCAGCAGGACAUGCUGUUAUAUCCAUACGAGGGAGACGAGCAGACCAACGGCUGGCAUCGGGCUGAGGCCAUUCGGUUAGAACAGGACAUCUUCACAGCCCUGGCUGGGCAGGGCAAGCUCUAUGUCUACAAAACACCUGCCAUCUGGAGCCAAAUCAAAUCUGCAGGGUCUGCAAUAUACGCCAGUCGCUUGUACCUCAACCAGUACCAUAAAACCCACCCUGAAAGACUGGCUACAAACAAGGAAGGAGGGCCUAGAAUAAGUGGAAAUGUUUACAUUCACCCAACAGCCAAUAUUGAUCCUACUGCGGUGUUGGGUCCCAACGUCUCCAUAGGCACAGGUGUGACCAUCGGGGCUGGGGUGCGAGUGAGGGAGUCCAUUAUUCUCCAUGGGGCUACUCUACAGGAUCACAGUUGUGUGUUGAACUGUAUAGUGGGAUGGGACAGCACCAUCGGCAAAUGGGCCAGAGUUGAAGGAACUCCCAGUGACCCCAAUCCAAAUGACCCCUAUGCCAAAAUAGAUAGUGAAACACUCUUCAGAGAUGGAGAACUCACACCAUCAAUCACCAUUCUUGGUUGUAAUGUAACUAUCCCGGCCGAGGUAAUCAUACUCAACUCAAUUGUUCUGCCAUACAAAGACCUCAACCGGAGCUUCAAAAACCAAAUUAUAUUGUAGUUAAUUUUCUGUGUGCGCUGUUCAUUUAGUGUCAAACCAAAUUAAGGAUUUUAGCUUGAAGAACAAUGCCACUGCCUCUGGGUUAUUGUACAUAAGAUAAAUAUAUAAAAAGGAGAUGACACAUAUUUAGGUGUUUGGAAAGUUCUAGAUUUGAUAUUGUGUAUCCCCCCCCCUUUUAUGCAUUAACUGAUGUUAGCGUCUUUUUAGAUGCUUUGGGAGUCUGAUGAUGAGCGUUGGUUGGUUUGAUUUACUUCGACACGUCUGAAUGUCAUCCCACCACUUUUAUGAAACAUACGUUUCAUAAAAUGUAUUUUAACUGUUACAUUUCUGCACUAGCCCUAUAAUGAGCUCUGUAUGAUGGAUUCACUACCAUGUAAGGGAAAUUAUAAAAUAAUGGUCAUAUUUUGGCAUGGGGUUGCUGGCAUUACUUACUUUAGGUGGUGGUGCUAAGUUUUUGUUACUCAGAAAUUGCGUCCUGAAAAUGUAAACUAAUCAGCUGCAGACUUUUAUAGGAUUGCGAAAUAAAAGGAAUUGGUUACAAACUGUUUAAUUAUGAGUGAUAAUAUGGGGGCCUUUCAACAUGAGUGCUUUGAUUUUUAAAACGUGACCAUUUUAAUUGCAAGAGUUAUUCUGACAUUCUUCUCUGAAAUACAUUGUUGACCGUCUCAUGUUUCUUUUGAUUAAAGGGGCAAUCUGCAAAAGUCCAAAAAUGGAUGUACCAAUCGCCGUUUUCCACUUUUAAAUAGCAAUCAAAAAAUGUUUGCUUGAAAUUUGAACAUAACAGGUGACCUGGAGAUUCUGGCCUUCGAUUCUGUACUUUGUUAUUUGUGACAAUCAUAAUGGGAUAUAGUUAACCAUCAUUAAAUGUUGUUCCUGCGUGA